GCCUGGACUCUCGAGGGUCAAGGGUGCGCCGGGUAGAAUUACUGGAAACGUACAGCUAAAACAACUCCAUGGCCAUGGACCCAGCCACCUUCGAAACCUUAACCCCAUCUCGCUUCAUCACCUUCACCUUCCCUCACCCCUCACGUCCCACCUCGCUUCUCCGAGUCGCCGUUCUCGACUCCCCGCUCCAACCUCCCGACUCACCCCAAGUCGCCGCCAUGUUCGUCCCGGAGCACCGCGAACCCGACUGGAUCUUCUCCACCGAGUCCGGUCACCUCCAGCUCCUCCUCAGCUCUCCCGGCGUUUCACGCCUAAUCCUCAUCGGAAACCCACCCAUUAACGAUCAUUGUUUGCCAACGAUUUGCGGCCGCCCGAUCAACAACAAUACGCGCGGCCUCGAGGUGAGCUUGAAACCUCUUUUGCUUGCGUUAUCUCCAAAAUCAUCGUUCGAAAAUGGAAUUCCCGAGAUACCCAUUUUGAGAUACGAGGAUAAUGUGGUUUGUAGUGUGGUAUUAGAGCAUUGUGUUGGCUCUUUUGCUGGUGAAAUGCUGGUUGAGGAUGUGGAAAUUGAGAGUGGUAGUAGUGAGAUGGGUGAGUGUGUGAAGAGGGAGUUUCGGAGGCGAUUGAGGUUCAAGAGGAUGCCAAAUUUGCUUCAGACGGAGAUACGUGUUGUUCCAGAGGAUUUUGGUUCCGGUCAUGUGGGGAUUGGAAAGGUUGAGUUCAGACCUGAUAUUGAGGUUUUGGUGCAUCCUUACCUGGCGCCAAUGGUGGCCAGUCUUUCUUUGAUCAGUUGUUCUAUUGAUGAACGGAUUCAAAGCCGGUUUAGGCCGAAAGCUUUGUGUAUUGGUGUGGGGGGUGGAGCUUUGCUUGCUUUUCUGAAAUCCCAAUUGGGUUUUGAGGUCGUCGGGGUGGAGGCUGAUGAAGAGGUUUUGAGGGUUGCACGGCAGUUUUUCGGUUUGGAUGGUAAUGAUUCUAUCCGGGUUAUCGUUGGAGAUGCAAUAAAUGUUAUAGAGAAACUUGCAGAUCGUGCAAAUGGGCACAAUUUGUGUUGUUUUGGUGCUAAUGAGGCAGAGAAUGGUAAUUGCUUGUAUGAUGGCAAUGAUGUCAAUAACAAGUUUGAUGCUAUUAUGGUUGAUUUGGAUUCUAGUGAUGCUGCUUCUGGUACAAGUGCUCCACCUUUGGAAUUUGUCAAGAAGCAUGUUCUUUUGGCUGCUAAAUUGGUUCUUUGUGAUUUUGGGAUUCUCGCUGUAAAUGUCAUUUCUCCAAAUAGGUCUUCCUAUGAGAAAUUGAUACAAGAUUUUCGGGAGGUUUUUCAUGAUCUGUACGAGAUAGACAUAGGAAAUGGGGAGAAUUUUGUUCUAGUUGCCACAAUGUCACCUACUAUGUCUUCCAUUAGUGAUUGUGAUAAUUCUUUUCUAAUCAGAUUGAGAUUGGUUGUUUCAGGAGUACACAUGGAUUCCCUAAGGAAGAUUUGAAACCAAAUGGUCUAUGGAAGUUGAAGAUUAUAAUUUUUCAAUGCUGACUGUUAUUUUGUGGUUUGCAAAUCGUUAGGGAAAUUGACAAAAAACCAGAGCUUUGCCCCUGAAAAGAAGAAAUGGCAGUAGAAAUUUUAGGAAUUCUGGUUCCAUUGAAUGAAUAUAUUGUAGAACCACAAAGACACCUGCUGUGUGAGGAAAAGUGAUAUAUACUCAUAACUCAUAACUCUCUUCAAGCUACUCUGGAGUUACCUUCAUUCCUGCGGCUUUAGUAGGAAGAAAAUUAUGGUUGCUAGGCACACAGAGAUUGAUGAUUUGAAGGAUUUGGAAGGAACAGUGAUCUUCCGAAGCCUUUUGAGGCCGUUUAAGGCAAUAAUCUUCUGCCUGUGUUUUUUUAGUUGACUGGAGAAAUGUACCAGAUACCAUGAGAGUCUGUCAAGCUAAGCUCAGUUUCAUCUUA